CCGUCGCCGUUGUCGGCAACUCGCUGACUCAGUGAGUCCCCGAUGACGAGAUAAAACUAGUCUUCGAAUGUUUACUUCUCAUUUCUCUAUUUUACCAAAGACUAUGACUAUCUCCUCAGUCGCUAAGCGCUUCGUUCCGUACAGAAAAUCCCUUCCACUGAGAAAUUCGUCUCGAUUUCUCGAAGAAACUCUCCCUCGUAGAACUAGUUUACUCUUACAAGCUUGCUCUAAGCCAACUCUGCUUCGACAAGGUAAGCAAGUUCACGCCUUUUUAAUCGUAAACAAUUUUUCCGGUGAUAGCUAUACCGAUGAGAGGAUCUUGGGGAUGUAUGCAAUGUGUGGUAGCUUUUCGAAUUGUGGUAAAAUGUUUUACAGACUUGAUUUACGACGUAGUAGCAUCAGGCCAUGGAAUUCGAUUAUCAGCAGUUUUGUUCGAAUGGGUUUAUUGAAUCAAGCUUUGUCGUUUUACUUCAAGAUGCUCUGUUUUGGAGUUAGUCCUGAUGUAUCUACGUUUCCUUGUCUCGUCAAGACUUGUGUUUCUUUGAAGAAUUUCAAAGGGAUUGAGUUUCUUCGAGAUACGGUUUCUUCUCUUGGGAUGGAUUGUAAUGAGUUUGUAGCGAGUUCUUUGAUCAAAGCUUAUCUUGCGUAUGGAAAGAUCGAUGUGGCGGGUAAAUUGUUUGAUAGAGUUCUUCAGAAAGAUUGUGUUAUAUGGAAUGUGAUGCUUAAUGGGUAUGCAAAGUGUGGAGCUUUUGAAAGUGUUAUAAAAGGGUUUAGUGUAAUGAGGAUGGAUCAGAUUAGUCCUAAUGCUGUCACGUUUGAUUGCGUUUUAUCUGUGUGUGCAUCUACGUUGUUGAUUGAUCUUGGAGUUCAGCUUCAUGGUCUAGUGGUUGUUUCUGGGUUGGAUUUUGAAGGCUCUAUCAAAAACUCACUUUUAUCUAUGUAUUCAAAAUGUGGUCGUUUUGAUGAUGCGUCUAAGUUGUUUCGGAUGAUGUCUCGUGCUGAUACUGUGACCUGGAAUUGCAUGAUAUCUGGAUAUGUUCAGAGUGGAUUAAUGGAAGAAAGCUUAAUCUUUUUCUAUGAGAUGAUAUCUUCAGGUGUCUUACCUGAUGCUAUCACAUUUUCUAGUUUGCUUCCAUCAGUUUCUAAGUUUGAAAACCUUGAGUAUUGUAGGCAAAUUCAUUGCUAUAUUAUGAGACAUAGCAUAUCGCUAGAUAUCUUCUUAACAAGUGCUCUUAUUGAUGCCUAUUUUAAGUGCAGGGGUGUUUCUAUGGCACAAAAGAUUUUCAGUCAGUGUAACUCAGUUGAUGUUGUAGUGUUCACGGCGAUGAUCUCUGGGUAUUUGCAUAACGGCUUAAAUAUCGAUGCUCUAGAGAUGUUUAGGUGGCUUGUUAAGGUAAAAAUAAGUCCAAAUGAGAUAACUCUGGUGUCUAUUUUACCGGUAAUUGGUGGUUUGUUGGCAUUGAAACUUGGGAGGGAACUUCAUGGUUUCAUCAUCAAGAAAGGUUUCGAUAACAGGUGCAAUAUUGGAUGUGCUGUUAUCGACAUGUAUGCUAAGUGUGGGAGAAUGAAUCUUGCUUAUGAAAUUUUUGGGAGACUCUCUAAGAGGGAUAUUGUUUCGUGGAAUUCAAUGAUCACACGUUGUGCCCAGAGCGAUAAUCCGAGUGCGGCUAUUGAUAUUUUCCGUCAAAUGGGAGUUUCAGGAAUCUGUUUUGAUUGUGUGAGUAUUUCAGCUGCUCUCUCUGCUUGUGCAAACUUACCUUCAGAAAGUUUUGGGAAAGCUAUUCACGGUUUCAUGAUAAAGCAUUCACUUGCUUCGGAUGUAUAUAGCGAAAGCACAUUGAUAGACAUGUAUGCUAAGUGUGGAAACCUGAAAGCUGCCAUGAAUGUGUUUGAGACGAUGAAAGAAAAGAACAUUGUUUCGUGGAAUAGCAUCAUUGCUGCAUAUGGAAACCAUGGGAAGCUAAAAGAUUCCCUCUGUUUAUUUCAUGAAAUGGUUGAAAAAAGCGGAAUUCGUCCUGAUCAAAUCACAUUUCUUGAGAUAAUAUCUUUGUGUUGUCAUGUUGGAGAUGUUGAUGAAGGAGUCCGCUUCUUCAGAUCCAUGACUCAGGAUUAUGGAAUCCAACCGCAGCAGGAGCAUUACGCGUGCGUUGUGGAUCUGUUUGGACGAGCUGGUCGGUUAAGCGAAGCGUAUGAAACUGUUAAGAGCAUGCCGUUUCCUCCAGAUGCAGGAGUUUGGGGAACAUUACUUGGAGCCUGUCGGCUUCACAAGAAUGUCGAACUUGCUAAAGUUGCUUCAAGAAGGUUAAUGGAUUUGGAUCCCUGGAAUUCGGGUUACUAUGUGUUGAUUUCGAAUGCGCAUGCUAAUGCGGGGGAAUGGGAAAGUGUGACAAAAGUACGGAGUUUAAUGAAAGAGAGAGAAGUUCAGAAAAUUCCUGGUUAUAGUUGGAUCGAAAUCAACAAAAUAACGCAUUUGUUUGUUUCUGGCGAUGUAAAUCAUCCCGAGUCUUCACAUAUCUAUUCUUUGCUAAAUUCGCUUCUCGAAGAGCUGAGGCUAGAAGGAUAUAUUCCACAGCCUUAUCUUCCAUUGCACCCAGAGUCAUCAAGAAAAGUAAAUCCAGUUUCAAGAUUCAUUGAGAAAGGAAUGAGAGAUCCAGACAAAGUGUAGAAAACCAGGUAUAUAUCUUU